AACAAAACAGUGAUAACAGGUAUAACACUGAUUGCUGGAAAUACAUUUUGGUAUGUUUUGUAUUACCGUCUACAAAUAAUAAUCGGAUUAAAAUUAUUAUUUUCACUGAAUAUUAUUCAUUAUGGAUCUACAAGUUAAAUUUCAUAAAAAUACAAUUUUUUUAAUUAAUCGACCAGAUUUAUUGACCUUAGGAAAAUAUUCAUAUUUAAUUAUCGUAUCUACAAAACGAAAAGUAGGUGCACGCAUAGCAAUGUCCAUAAAAGGCAAUGUUCACCUGUUGUUUCAUUAUGUUUGAAACCCACUUUGCGAAAGUGCGUUUUUGUUGAAUGUUUAACAGUGGUUUAGUUGUAACCGUCGGUGACAAAAAUGGCUAUGCUUUCUUUACGUAUUCGGUUUGUGGAUGAUGGGGUGACAAAGACGAUACAAUUCGAUCCGUCUACGCCUGUGUCCGAAGCUUGCUGUCAGAUCAGCGGAAAAACUUCAUCUGACCAUCUGUCGGAAUACACAUUGUUUCUGGCCGACGAAGAUUCCAAAAAAGGCAUAUACCUUGAACCUGCACGUAAUUUUGAGUAUUAUAUACUGCGAAAUGGCGAUUUACUUGAAUAUCGUAAGAAAGUGCGUCCACUUAAGGUUAGCACACUUGACGGGACGUUAAAAACUUUGAUGAUAGACGAUACCCAACCCGUUGCCAAUCUUAUGGCCGUGAUUUGUGCUAAACUAGGCAUAACUAACCAUGAUGAGUAUAGUUUGGUACGUGAAUUUCCCGAAGGCGAUGAAAAUAAUGCGAAUGCAGGAAAUUCAAUUAAACGCGAUCAUAAGAUGGAACAUUUGCGCAAAAAAUUAAAGACAGAUGAAGAAACUAAUUGGAUUAAUCCAGGAGCAAGUUUACGAGAACAGGGCAUUGAUGAAAAGGAAGGGGUUUUAUUAAAACGCAAGUUUUUCUUUUCAGAUGGUAACAUAGAUUUGCAUGAUCCAAUUCAAUUAAAUUUGUUAUAUGUUGAAACAAGGGAUGCUAUUUUAAAAGGUACUCAUCCUGUAACUGAAAAUCUUGCCAUACAGUUAGCUGGUUUACAAACACAUAUUCAAUUUGGUAAUCAUGAUGAAACUAAACAUAAACCUCCUUUAUUGGACUUAAAAGAAUUCCUGCCACAGUCUUAUAUUAAAAACAAAGGUAUUGAAAAGAAAAUACUUAAUGAACACAAGAAAUAUACUGAUUUACCUGAGCUUAAAGCUAAAGUUUUGUAUACAAGAACUGUUCGAGCACUUCCAACAUAUGGUGUUACAUUUUUCUUAGUUAAGGAGGAAAUGAAAGGUAAAAAUAAACUUGUGCCUAGAAUUCUUGGAGUUACUAAAGAUUCUGUGUUACGCUUGGAUGAACGAAGUAAAGAAAUAUUACAAAAUUGGCCUUUAACUAGUGUUCGACGCUGGGGAGCUUCUCCUCAUACAUUUACAUUAGAUUUUGGCGAUUAUUCUGAUCGUUAUUAUUCUGUCCAAACUACUGAGGCAGAGCAAAUACUACAAUUAAUAUCUGGUUAUAUUGAUAUUAUUUUGAAAAAAAAAGAAGCUAAGGAUCAUUUUGGAAUUGAUGCAAAUGAACAUUCUACAGUGUUGGAAGAUACAGUAAGUCCAUUAAAAGCAAUUGUGAUAGAAAGUAAUGGUCAAAAGGUUAAAACUGAAUCUGUUGCUAAACCUGCUAUUCUCAGAGUUCCACAAGAGCCUACAUCUUACACAACUGGAUAUAUUUCUGAAGAACAAUAUACCUCUAUUGAAAUCACAUGCACUGAAGCCAUAUCAGGUGUUUUAGAAGAUCUUGAUACCACUAUGUCUGAAGGUAAUAAUUUAGAAUUGGAAAUUAAUGAACAAAAAUUUUCUGACUAUAGGGAAAAUAUCUUGAGAACUUCCAAAACAUUAGUGGAAAAUACCAAAUCAUUAGUAGCAGGUGUUGGAGUGUCCAAAGAACAAUUGGAUGAUUCUUCUAAAAAUGCAGUAACUACAGUAUUGAAACUUGUAGAACUUGUGAAGUCUGGUGCAGCUUCAUUAGAUGACCGUGAAGUUCAAAUUAAAUUGAUUACAGCUGUUAAAGAUGUUGCUAGUUCGCUUGGGGAACUGAUUAAGGGUUGUUUUGAAACUCCGUCUAUGGAUGAAUUAAAAGAUAAAGCAAAAGUGUUGGUAACUAAUGUUACUUCUUUAUUAAAAACUGUGAAAUCUGUAGAUGAUGAACGCACAAAAUAUACUAAUGUUAUGGAAUCAACAGUUGAAUUGAUUGAAAAAGAUAUGCAAAGAAAUCAUAACAUAUCAAAUUAUGAGACAACGACAGAAUCACUUAUUCAGUCUGCAAAGUGUAUUGAUGAAACUACUAAAAAUAUGUUGGAUAUUGUCUAUAAAGGAAAACCAAAUGAUGUCAGAAAUGCAGUACAAGAAAGUCAUAAAUCAGUUAACGAGUUGUUAACUGCUUGUCAAGGGAAAAAUUUAAACGAAAAAGUGUUGGAUGCUGGACGUCAAGUCGCUGAAGAAUUUAAAACUUUUUUGUCUACAAUUUUAGAAAAUUCUAAAAGGCCUAGUACUACUACAAAACGGGUUUUAGAAGAGGUAUCGCAACGCCUGUCAUCAAAGGUACACUAUUUAAUUACAAUUGUGGAACACAUUGAAACAAUAGAAUAUCAUUUAAUGGAUUCAGCAACUUCAAUUGAUACAGCAGUGAAAAAACUUGAUACAAUUCAACCCAGACCUUACGAAUUCAAAGUUGACGAAACUUGCUGGAAAUCUGAUGAAGUUAUUUUAGAAGCAGUAAAAUCAAUUGCGGCUGCUACCUGUGCAUUAGUCAAAACAGCUUCACUUGCACAACAUGAAAUUGGAGUUGAUGAAGGAGUAGAUGGAUUAGUGUAUGCAGCUAGAAUGGUUGCCACAGCAACUCAUACCUUAGUAGAAUGUGCUCGUGAAAUAAUUGAAGGUUUAUCAAGCGAAGACAAACUUAUAUCUGCUGCUAAUCAAGUGGCUUCUUGCACAACACAACUUUUGGUUGCAUGCAAAGUCAAAGCAGAUCCAAAUAGUGAUGCUACAAAGCGCCUUUUAGCUUCAGGUAAUGUAGUGAAACGUGCAACUGAAAAUGUAGUUCGUGCAGCUCGCCAAGCCAUGAAAACAGAUGAAAUCAAAAAUCUUAUAUUAAAUGAAAAAAUGGUUGGUGGUAUGGCUCAAGAAAUAGAUGCUAGAUCUGAUGUGUUAAGAAUUGAAAGGGAGUUAGAAGAAGCGAGAAAAAGAUUAGUGGUUAUCAGACAAGCAAAAAAUAAAAGUGUUAAUAGUUAUUAGUAUAAUAUCACAAUUUGUUCAAAAUUACCUUAAAAAUUAUUAA